UAGAGUUGUUUACCCUGUCAUGUGACCAGUCGGUGACGUCACUGUGACGUAGUGCCACUCGGCGCAGCAUGUAGCAGAGUUUGAAGUCGAACAAUUCAACUUACCUGCGGCAAUAAAAAAAAAAAAAAAAAAAUUAACGGCGGCGAUAAGAGUCGCCGUGUGGACUUUUUUAAAGAAGAGGAGGCGGUUUUUACUCCCCCAUGUUGGUGAAGAGACGCCACCGAAAGAAGCGCAGUCCUCGUCUGUCCGCUGCUGUCCUGCUGCAACACCUAACCGGUAUCAAUGUCUUGGCUUGAGGCUCGUAGAGAGUCCCUUCCUGUGGUCCACCAGGUGGUGAGACGCCGCUACUCCGGGCCUUUGCAUCUUCCGCCAGUGUGGAGGAGACACUCAUGUCAGGACCACCCUUCAGACAGCCGGAGGAUUUCUGCAAGCUAUGGCCUACCGCUGCACCGCCUGGAGGUUCUGUACCGGCGAGCGCUGGCCAGUCAUGAUGAACACCGUUUCGAUGUGGAGAAUGGCCUCUCAGUGGGUCGCAGUCCUCUGGACGCUCAGACCAGUCCCGGGUCAGGCCUGGUCCUCCAGUCCAAUGUACCGCACAGUCAGCGUCGCGAGUCCUUCCUCUACCGCUCCGACUCGGAUUAUGACCUCUCGCCCAAAACCAUGUCGCGCAACUCAUCGACCGCCAGCGACUUGGAGGACGGAUUGAAGCAAUGCGAAGUCGGUUGGAUACCCCGGCACGGAGAAGACAUGAUAGUUACUCCAUUUGCACAGAUUCUCGCCAGUCUACGCACAGUGAGAAGUAACUUCGCUGUUCUCACACAUUUGCAAGACCGUGUGGGAAACAAGUGGCCGCCAAGCAGCAACCAGUCGCCUCUGUGCAAACCAUGCCACUCAGAGGAGCCUUAUCAAAAACUAGCAAUGGAGACUCUGGAAGAGCUGGACUGGUGUCUGGACCAGUUGGAGACGCUGCAGACGAGACAUUCGGUCAGCGAGAUGGCUUCUAAUAAGUUUAAGAGGAUGCUAAACCGAGAACUGACUCAACUAUCAGAGACCAGUCGCUCAGGGAAUCAGGUGUCGGAGUUCAUCGCCAAUACCUUUUUAGAGAAACAACAUGAUGUGGAGAUCUUGUCUCCACCGCCAAAGGAGAAGGAGAAGAAGAAGAGGCCCAUGUCACAGAUCAUCGGUGUGAAGAAGACCACACCGAGCCCCAGCCUCGCAACUACUUCCAUCCCUCGUUUUGGAGUCAACACCCCACAGGAGAACCUGCUGGCCAGCGAGAUUGAGGACCUUAACCGUUGGGGUCUGGAUAUAUUCAAGAUAGCGGAACUAUCUGGAAACCGCCCUUUGACGGUCAUCAUGUACUCCAUCUUCCAGGAGCGAGAGCUUUUGAAAACCUUUAAAAUCCCAAUGACCACCUUCGUCACCUUCAUGAUGACGUUAGAGGACCAUUACCAUGCUGAUGUAGCGUACCACAACAACAUCCACGCUGCUGACGUGGUGCAGUCAACACACGUGCUGCUGUCCACUCCGGCUCUAGAGGCUGUCUUUACAGAUUUAGAGAUCAUGGCUGUUUUGUUUGCCAGUGCCAUCCACGAUGUUGACCACCCGGGGGUCACUAACCAGUUCCUAAUAAACACAAGUUCUGAGCUGGCGUUGAUGUACAACGAUGCCUCAGUGCUAGAGAACCAUCACCUUGCUGUGGGCUUCAAACUGCUCCAAGGGGACGACUGUGACAUCUUCCAGAACCUCAGCAAGAAACAGCGAGAUUCCCUCCGCAAGAUGGUGAUCGAUAUGGUGCUAGCCACAGAUAUGUCCAAACAUAUGAACUUCUUGGCGGACAUGAAGACAAUGGUGGAGACCAAGAAAGUCACCAGCUUGGGAGUUCUGCUUCUUGACAACUAUUCAGACCGAAUCCAGGUUCUCCAGAACAUGGUUCAUUGUGCCGACCUCAGCAACCCAACCAAGCCUCUGGAAAUGUACCGACAGUGGACGGACCGCAUCAUGGUGGAGUUCUUCACACAGGGAGACAGAGAGCGGGACAAGGGAAUGGAAAUCAGUCCCAUGUGCGACAAACACAAUGCCUCCAUUGAGAAGAGCCAGGUGGGCUUCAUCGACUACAUCGUGCACCCUCUGUGGGAGACAUGGGCAGACCUGGUGCACCCUGAUGCUCAGGACAUGCUGGACACCCUGGAGGACAACAGGGAGUGGUACCAGAGCAUGAUCCCUUGUAGCCCCGAGCCCUCCAGCCCUGAGCCGUCUCACACCGACGUCAGACCAGGGGGCACCGCGGUGGGGCCCAACCUCGCGACGGGGCUCAGCGGGGACAAGUUCCAGUUUGAACUCACGCUGGAGGAAGAGGAGGAAGAUGAGGAGUUGGACUCGGACCUGGAAAGUCCGCUGGACGACGACCUCCCGUUGGGGGCGGAGCGGCACCAGGACUCGCCCUCCCCCUCCACGUCCCCGGAUGCCGGCAGCAGGUACCGCCCCCCUUCGCCUCGCCCGCUGUGGGCCUUAAUGGGACAUGAGUCUGACGUUGCCGAGCGGCCACCCUCGUAGAGAGCCUUGAAGGGCGCACAACAACCAGCACAACCUGCCCUGCCCAUGAGACACAGCAGCUUGGGAGUUAGGCAGGGUGGGCCCUAACCUACCAAGAAAGUCUGUAAAAUCACCACAGUCCCUUUACACUGGAGACAGCCUCUCUGUAGACGGAGGGACGAUCGCCCUCUUUUUUUUCCCCCCCUACAUUCGCCUCUCUUCGGGUGCCUAAAGUCUUUAUUUGCCACCAUGCUUUAGGAGCGUGUCCACUGCAAUCGAAGCGUAAAGAAGGAAGAAGUUAUGUGACACUCUUCCAGAACAAAAGGUAACAAACGUCUUCCUCCUAAAUAACCCACAUGUGGACAUGAGUGAGUUGUGUGCGACAGGGUCUUUGAAAAGACUUUUUUUUAAAUUUUAUUUCAUGUUUAAACAUUUUAACUGAGCAGCGAGAGAAUCAACGGACCUAGACCUCAGGGUAUGAAAAGUCAAAGGGAAUGUAGCGUGGAUGUCCUCCCCCGUCUGAUUUACCUCCAGAGACCAACAAGUUAGUCUCUGCAUUUAAUUAAAACCCUUUAAAUUAGGCACGGAAAGCAAUCACGUUUAUCAUCAAACCAGCUUGUAGCACCGCACAGAUUGAGCACUCAAGAAGACACUACCUGUAUCGAAGCUUUGUUUUAGUUUUUUAUACCUGAGAUUUAUUUAAAUGGCGUCCUUGUUUCAAACGUAUGUCUUUUAUCACUUAUUCCUUGUACAUUUGCUGGUCUUUUCUUGUGUUUAUGUGCUUGAAAAGCAUUUUUUUUAUUGUUAUCAGGGUGCCUCCAGUCCGCAGUAGCACUUUACCAUUUCUGUCACUCGGCUCUUUUUAACGUGUUCCAAAGGGCUUCACCCACUGGAUGCCUGCACAUCGUAAACACAGACCAGUUACCUGAAGGCGGGCAGGAAAAAAAUACCCACUUGGAAUGUUACAAACUAGUAAAACAUCUUUUUAGAGGACUUAAAAACUCUUUCAGCAUUUCACCAUUUUAUGUUGUAGCCUUGAAUUUAUUUUUGUCCUCAAAAUUCUGCACACAAUACCUCAUGAAUGACAAUUUGAAGUUUUUUGUUUUUUUGCAAAUGUAGUAAAAAUUAAAAAACUAACUAAAUCACAUGUACAUUAAGUAUUCACAGCCUUUGCUAAAUACUUUGUUGAUGAGGAAGAGGAAUGGGCCAAACUGCCCAAAGAUAGUGUGCCAAGCUUGUGGCAUCAAAUAAAUAAAAAAAAUUGUGGCUGUAACUCCUGCCAAAGGUGCAUCAAAGUAUUGAGCAAAGGCUGUGAAUUAUUCUGUACAUGUCAAUUUUAAUUAUCCCACUUUAGAAUAAGGCUGCAACACAAAAUGUGGGAAAAACUAAAGCGCUGUGAAUACUUUCUGGAUGCACUGUAAUUGCCAUCAUCAGUGUUUUCCCACUGGACUGCAAUCCAUUUGUGGCAGAAAGUGAGCAUCAACAAAAAAAAACAUGAAAAGCAAAACAAGUACGCUUAAAAAUACAAUUGAAACGUUCCUUCUGUCACUAUUUUUAUGUCACAAGCAGCACAGUGCUGCCUCUUAGAGCUUUUAGAUGAAAGGCAGUGCCCACAUCACCCGUUGCUUGCUGAGAAGAGCGAUGUGUGCUUGCAUGUCAGCCUGCUCAAGUCCCCAAAAAGACAAUCUAGAUCACGGGUGUCAAAGUCAUUACCAUUGAGGGCCACGUUCAGGUAUGGCUGCUGAGAACAGUGAAAAUUAUAUAUAUAUAUAUAUAUAUAUAUAUAUGAAUAUAAAUGUAUAGUUGCUUCAUAAUUACAUUGCCUGCCUAAGCAUUUUAUAUAUAUGU